AUGGCGGAGCCGGGACCCGGCCCCGGCCGAGCCCGGGAGGAGGAGCCGGGCCCCGCCGGCAAGGAGGAGGAGGAGGAGGCGGCGCCGGCCCCCAAGAAGCGGCGCCCCCGCGAGCGGUACGUGCCGCCGCCGCGGAAGCUGAACACCGGCGUGAGCUUCGGCGCCGAGCACUUCGCCGAGACCUCGUACUACUUCGAGGGCGGCCUGCGCAAGGUGCGCCCCUACUACUUCGACUUCCGCACGUACUGCAAGGGGCGCUGGGUGGGCCGCAGCCUCCUGCACGUCUUCGGCACCGAGUUCCGAGCGCAGCCCCUCGCCUAUUACCGCGCCGCCGCCCGCGCCGGCCGCCUGCGCCUCAACGAGGAGCCCGUGCGCGACCUGGACGUCGUGCUCAAGAACAACGACUUCCUCAGGAACACGGUGCACCGGCACGAGCCGCCGGUCACGGCGCAGCCCAUCCGCAUCCUGGCGGAGGACGAGGAGGUGGUGGUGGUGGACAAGCCCUCGUCCCUGCCCGUGCACCCGUGCGGCAGGUUCCGGCACAACACGGUCAUCUUCAUCCUGGGCAAGGAGCACGGCCUGCGGGAGCUGCACACCCUGCACCGCCUGGACCGCAUGACCUCGGGCGUGCUCAUGUUCGCCAAGAGCGCCGCCGUGUCCAAGCGCAUCGACGAGCAGGUCCGGCAGCGCCAGCUGGAGAAGGAGUACGUCUGCCGCGUGGUGGGGGAGUUCCCGGAGCACGAGGUGGUGUGCGAGGAGCCCAUCCUGGUGGUCUCCUACAAGGUGGGCGUGUGCCGCGUGGAUCCCAAGGGGAAGCCCUGCCAGACCCUCUUCCAGAGGCUCAGCUACAACGGCAGCAGCAGCGUGGUGAGGUGCCUGCCGCGCACGGGCCGCACGCACCAGAUCCGCGUCCACCUGCAGUUCCUGGGCCACCCCAUCGUCAACGACCCCAUCUACAACAUGGAGGCCUGGGGCCCCCACAGGGGCAAGGGCGGCAACAUCGGGAAGACGGAUGAGGAGCUCCUGAAGGACUUGGUGGAGGAGCACCGCUCCAAACAGAGCCUGGAGGUCUUGGGUAUCGGGGAGGAGGACUUGAACUCCAGUGAAAGUAAAGACUGUGGGAAUCCGGGUGACUGCACAAAGUCUGCGGAGGCUGGCCCUGUAAAUGGGAGUUCCUGCCUUGCUGAGGACAAGAAGGAUCCUGAGAGGAAUGAUGUAGCAGCUUGUCCACUGAACUCUGAUAUCAGCCUGGAAACGCCUGAUAAGGACAAAGAGCUGAGUUUGUGUGGGAAUCAGGAUGGGCAAGCCGGGGAGAAGGGUUGGGAAGAGAAGGACCCUUUGUGUGUGGAGUGCAGGACGAGCAGGCGGGACCCGUCUCCCAAGGAGCUGGUGAUGUUCCUGCACGCCCUGCGCUACAAGGGCACGGACUUUGAGUACUGCUCCAGCAUGCCCGAGUGGGCCACGGAGAGCUGGGAGGAGUGACCAGGACAACCAGCACCUUCAGCACUGCUGGUGUGCACAGA